UAAUCUUUCAUCAGCUAACAUUCACACAUCAAAUCUUCCUUCACAGGAGAUAGAGGUCUUGAAGUUCAUACUAUCGCAAGACCAAGUAGGGGUAGUCCCAUGGCCAUGGCCAUGAGCUGCUUUUACAUUGUUGUAACCAAUAUCCUAGUCAUCCUCUCUCCGCUUUGCUUGGCUCAUGGUGGUUACCUAUACCCACAGUUCUACGACCGCUCAUGCCCAAAAGCUCAGCAAAUUGUCAAAUCCGUCGUCGCCAAAGCCGUCGCCAGAGAAGCCCGCAUGGCCGCUUCAUUGCUUCGCCUCCAUUUCCAUGAUUGCUUUGUCAUGGGCUGUGAUGCAUCUCUUCUUCUAGACAGCAGUGGCACCAUAAUCAGCGAGAAGCUAUCCAACUCUAACCGCAACUCUGCUCGCGGAUUCGAAGUCAUUGACGAGAUCAAAUCCGCUCUGGAGGAGGAGUGCCCCAACACUGUGUCUUGUGCUGAUAUCUUGGCUUUGACUGCCAGAGAUUCCACUGUUCUUGCUGGAGGCCCCAGCUGGGAAGUGCCAUUAGGGAGAAGGGACUCGAGGAGUGCAAGCUUGAGCGGCUCCAACAACAACAUUCCUGCUCCAAACAACACCUUCCAGACCAUCCUCACCAAGUUCAAGCUCCAAGGCCUCGAUAUUGUUGACCUUGUGGCCUUAUCUGGGGCUCACACCAUUGGGAAUGCUCGAUGCACCAGCUUCAGGCAGAGGCUGUACAACCAGUCCGGCAACGGCCAACCUGACUGCACUCUGGACCAAUUCUACGCCGCCCUGCUACGGACCCGGUGCCCGAGAUCCGGCGGCGACCAGAACCUCUUCUUCCUGGACUAUGUCAGCCCCACGAAGUUCGACAGCAGCUACUACAACAACUUGUUAGCUCAUAAGGGGCUUCUGAAUUCUGACCAAGUUCUUGCCAACCUGCAGAACCAGCCGUCACCCCAGAUAGUGAAGACUUAUGCAUACAACUCUGAGAUUUUCUUCCAGCAAUUUGCCAAGUCCAUGGUCAAGAUGGGGAACAUAUCUCCUCUGACUGGUUUCAGGGGAGAGAUUCGGAAGAAUUGCAGGAAAGUGAACUCUCAAUAAUGAAUUACGAUAUGCUUCUUCUGGGAGCCCAAUAAGUACCGUCAAUUUGAUCCUACUAUAGUUCGGUGUUUUCUUUUAUUUGUUUCAUCAUGUUCUCCAUAUGGUUCAAUUAAUUUGGACAGUUGCCCAGCCUGUUGUACAUGUAUGUGAACUUGUGGUCGCCGUUCUAUGUAUUAUUGCAGCCUUGGUUGAAAUCAAGGGGACUUUGGGGCUUUGUCUCCAAAUGAAAGCGUGAAAGUAGUUUACUUA